AUGUCCAAAUUGGGCCCAAUUAGCCAUUUUUCCUCUCCGGUGUCAUGUGACUCGUUAGUGUUACAAGAUCUCAGGUGUGCAUGGGAGCUAUGUGUUGUACAAUUCGUGCUAUCUGGCUGCUCUCACUCUCUUAACUGGAUAUCACUGGAUGUUCAACAUGGCACCUCAUGGCAAGUACUCUCUUAGGAUCUGAAAAAAAAAAGAAUUCGUUGCUCUACAUAAAGAUGGCCUAGGCUAAGAAGUGAUUGCCAAGACCCUGAAACUGAGCUGCAGCAUGGUGGCCAAGACCAUAUAGCAGUUUAACAGGACAGGUUCCACUCAG